AUGUUUAAUGAUAACGUAAACAAUCGAGACUGCCGUCAAUCCAACAAAAAAGCUUCAUUCAUGCCCUUAGAAGAUUCAAUAAACGGUGCGAAAGUCAGACGGAAAUUAAGCAAAGAGGUUCGUUCUCACUUGUUAAAAGUCUACAAAGGUUUAAAAGUUCAAGAUCUUCUCAUUGCAUUGAUUGAAUUAAGCCAAGGUCUCAUUCAAACUUAUGAUACGCAUACGCCUUCAAUAUAA